AUUAAACCACAACCUCACCAUGCCAGAGGGUACUCAAACUGCGGAUCAGGGGCUGCCAGUCAGCUGCCAGUGCGGCUACAUCGCCUUCCGCACACCAACAGCGCAACCGCUGCGCCUCGCCUGCUGCCACUGCACCUCGUGCCGCAAGCAAGCGGGAUCUGCGUUUGGCUCCUCCGCGUUCUACGCCGCGGAUUCAUUCUUAUCAAACAUCCCAUCGGAGGUCACGAACAGGCUCCAGUCGUUCACCACGUCCACCGACAGCGGCAACACGAAGCACUGUUACUUUUGCCCAAAGUGCGGGGUACGGCUGUAUAACCGCCUGCAUAAGCCUGACGGGACGCCCAUCGGCAUGGUCAGUCUCAAGGCCGGUUGUGUGGAAGGCUUGGAAUGGAAGGACGUGAUGCAUAUCUGGACCAGCAGCGCGGUUCUGCCGAUUCCCGAGGGGGUGAAGCAGUACGAGAAGGGGCCGCCUCCGCUGUGA